UCACAGGCUUUGUCUGUAGGACGCGCACAGCCCACCAACCGGCAGGAGGCUCUAUCAGGGUUCUGUCCCGGAGCCACGCGCACUGUGGGAUCCGCCGCGCGGGGCUGAGCCGCUCCUGAACGCACACUUCGCUUCCAGGCGUCACAGGAGCGCGAGUUGAAGCAGCUCAGAGUAGCAGGAGCUGCCGACAGGAGCGGAGGCUUUUCCUUCCCUUCAUUCCGCAUCAUCUCCAGCUUCACAUGGAUGUGGAGUAGCGCGCACUUUGGAGCAGGAAUUUAAAAAGGAAAAACCUUUUUAUUUUUAUUUGACUCUAGAUUUGGAAGAGAUGAGAUCUCAAUGAUAGAACUACUUGGAAUAUGGGACUUUUAAUAUCUGAUCUGGAUUAUGGGGACAGGCAUCUGUGCGUUUGUGCUCAGCUCUGGAUCAUUUUCAUAGCUCUUGCAGGUAAAAUCUCUCCAACCACCUCAGAUGUUCUCUUCAGCGCCUCAGCAAUGUCAGCCAGUCCUUUACCACCCAGUGUCUAUUUGCCUGCCAGCUUCAAAAUGUCCAAUGCACAACUGGCUUUCUUCUUGCGGGAGGCCCAGAUCACAGGACAAACGGUUGGCGGCGGCAGCAGGAGCAGCAGCAGCAGCUCUGGACAUCCGCUGCAGCGCUCGGAGAGUUUUGUGGUUUUCCAGACAAAGGAGCUCCCCUCCAUCAACAUAAGCUUUGGGCCUUUUGCCCAGGACCAGGCUUUAUCCAAGGAGCUGCUACAGCCAACCAGCCCUCUGGACAUCCCGGGCCAGCUGACGGUGGGCUGGAAAGUUCGGGCUUUCAUUGUCCAAGCGAGGGUCUUCUCCAACAACCCGACUGUCCAGGUGUUCUUCUACAUCGCGGGACGAGACUGGGAUGACUUUAAAGCUCAGGACAACCUGCCUUGCAUUCGACUGCAUGCUUUUCGGGACGUCCGGGAAAUCAAGACGUCCUGCCGCAUGAAGGGCAACCUGGCCCAAUGCUUGGCCCAGCUGGAGCUACCCCCCUCCUGGUUUAAUACUAACGUGGCGCCGCUGGGUCGGAGGAAAAAUCCCGGUGACGGGCUUCUAGAUGGAAUAACUACUGAGACCCUGCAGGCUGAGCUCUACUACACGCUGCAUGAGCCCAAUCUGGACGGAGAGUGCAGUGAGGGUCACAGAGGAGGUGGCGUGGCCAGAGGAGAACCUCUGUCACAGCACCCUCUGCUGCGCAUUGGAAGUAUCAGUCUCUACCAGGCCAGUCAGGAGCAGCUCCUGGUGGACAAGCAGUUGGACAAGAAUAUGUUCCUCAGGCUGCCGGAGAAGCCGCUGAAACCUGGCGAAACGCUGAAGAUCCUCCUCUACCUGAUGCCCAACUCCACUGUGGAGCAAUUUACGCUCAA